GGAUUUUUAUGACUGAUUCAUCCUCAUAUCAAUAUAGCAUUAAUGAAGGACAGUAUGAAGCUAAAAUAGGGGAGAAACUGAAAAACAAUUAAUAUUAAAUAAUCAAAUGGUUAGGAGAUGGAACAUUCUCAAAGGUGUGGUUAGCGAAAGAUUUAUUAAGUUCGGUUCAUUAUGCUCUCAAGAUAUAAAGUUCAUUAUAUUCCGAUGCGGCCAUGGAGGAAAUAGAAAUUUUAAAGUAUUUUUGAUUCUGACUUAGAAUUUUGAAUCAAAAUGAAAAUUCACCUUAAUGGAUUAACAUUUAAAAGAAUUUCAUCGGGAAUUAACCAUCAACGCAUUGUGUAAAAAUGAUAGAUUCCUUUGUUCAUGUUGCUGAUGAAACCCUGCAUUAUUGUGUAGUUAUGGAAAUAUUGGGACCCACUCUAUUGGAUUUAAUUAGAUUCUACGAAAAGAAAGUAUUAAAAAUUCUUAUGAUUAGCAUUCUAGCAUAAGCAUCUAACUAGGGAAAGAGAUAACCAAAUAAAUAUUGAUUGGAUUGAUUUAUUCUCAUGAUGCAUGCUAAAUUAUUCAUACUGACAUAAAACCAGAAAACAUCAUGAUUGAGUUAAAUGAACAAUAAUUAAAGUAGUUAAUUAAUGAAAAUGAGUCUGAAGAGUAGAAAAAAAAGUAAUAAGAGAAAAUAUUUAGAGAGUUAAAUUGAAUAAUAUAAAUGUUGGUGAUACUUUCGUAUGGAAUGAGAAUGUAAUAGUUAAUGUAAACACUGACCUUAAAUUUAAAUUAGUUGAUUUUGGAAAUGCUUGUCAAACUAAUUAAUAAUUUGAGGAAAUUCAAACUAAGGAAUAUAAAUCUCCUGAAUCUAUUAUUUAAGCUAAAUAUUAAACAAAUACUGAUAUUUGGUCAUUAGCAUGUGUAAUUUUUGAAAUCUUGACAAACAAUUACUUAUUUCAACCAGAAGGAGACACUGAAGAAGAAGAAAUGGAUGAUCUAUUAGCAAUGAUGAUAGAGUUGAUUGGACUUCCUUCUUAAAGUUUCUUGAGUAAAGGUUAAAGAAGUUCGUUAUAUUUUGAAUCUGAUGGAAAUUUAAAAAGAAUCAAAGUAUUUGUAUAUUUUUAAAAAGGAAUUGCAAAAAGUCAAUCUAAGUAGUACAUUAAUUAAAGAAUACAAUUUUGACAAAAAUGAAGCGCAGAAGUUAGAAGAUUUUAUUCUCUUCGCGCUAAAAUGGGAUCCACUAGAGAGGCCAUCUUCUUAAAUCAUGUUCUUUCAUCCUUGGCUUCGAUAAUGAAAUACAUUUU